GGACUAAGACCAAAUCAAUUUUUCAUUGCUCUGUUGUUGUGUUGCAAGGCGGUGUGUAUUUGUUAAGUAAGAAUUGAGUUGUACGCACAUUUUGUGCCUUAGCUUUGACGCUACAAGUCAGUGGCAUUUCACCAGACUACAAACGAGUUAAUGUUGUUCAUCUGGACCGUGUGAAGUGAAUCUACGACAGACGAGAGAAUACCGAAGAUGCAAAGCUUUAUGAUUUUUCAUGUCGUAUUUUUACACGCCUCUUUGAUUUUCCAUGCUACUGAUAGUUUGCCGGCAAUAAUGCAUGACGAGCAAGCUCAGGCACUGUGGACCUGGAUUGGAGGAAAUGAUCACAAAAACCAACACACCACACAAGAUGGCUUGCGAGUCUACCCAGGUUCCCGGAAUGGAGCAGCAAGCUGGUGUGAUUCAAAUGCAACAGUCUGGAUGUUUGGUGGGAAAGGAUUUGGUGCAAAAAAAUUAUCAGCAGCACAGCUGCCCACGUUGGAUGAGCUCUGGUCAUUUGAUAUUACAAAAAGGCUCUGGAAAUUUUAUCCUAAUGACAACAAAACUAACAACAAUCAGAAACCACCUGCAUGCUUUGGUUGUGUUGCGUGCAGCUACAAAAACAAGGCUGUAGUGUUUGGACCCUCAAGCACAUUCAUUUUUGAUAUGGAAAGAAAGAUCUGGAGUGCUCUACACAACAACACAGCCUCCCCAAAGCCGAGAAGUCAACCUGCCCACUGGUGUGAUAUGAAGAAAGGGGUGAUGUGGAUGUUUGGUGGUACAACAUCAGACAAGAAGCUUGAUGACUUCUGGAAGUUUUCAUUUGACAAACUACAGUGGAUAGAAAUCAAACCAAAGAAUAACAAAAGUGUGAGUCCCGGUAAAUGUUCCAAAGCGACAACAUGGGUGCAUCCUUCCGGUGUUUUGUACAUGUUCGGGGGAUCAUCCUCUAAACUAGCUACUUCCUACUUCUGGAGUUAUUCACCAGGAACUCUUCAGUGGACAAAGCUAGGUGGAACUACAGGUGUUACAAAGUGUGCUGGAAAGUAUGGUGAGAUGGGAAUUGCUUCCAAGAAAAACUAUCCAGGUUGCAGGGAAGGUGCUGCUUCCUGGGUAGAUCAGCAUGGCAAUCUCUGGAUGUUUGGUGGCUCAGGGUUUGACAACUUUUCCACCAGUGCCUUUGCAAUACCAGGUCUCCUGUCUGACUUCUGGAUGUACAAUGGUUCAAGCCACCAGUGGGCAUGGAUAGGAGGUUUAAGUAGGGGAGAAGGUCAACCAUUCUUUAGCGAGAAAGGUAAGGCUGAUCCACGAAAUAUUCCUGGGCCAAGAGAGAGUGCUGUGUCUUUCUUCUAUGAAAACCAACUGUGGCUGUUUGGAGGGGCUGGGCAUGAUGUAAGAGGAUUUGAUGGCAUUUUAAAUGACUUGUGGAUGUAUGGUGUAGUGAAAAAUAAUAUGUCGGCUGCACCGUCACUGCAGGGUCCCACAGAGAUUCCAGGAGACACAAUCAGCAUUUCCUUUGGUUUCAGAGUCCUGAUUGCCAUAGUUGUCCUGGUGUUGGGUUUGGUGGUAUCACUAUCAGCAUGCUACAGUAAAGAAUGCAGGAUUUGUAGAUUUAAACGUCACCUUCGUCCAGUGGUGAAAUACAAACCCGUGAAAGUUGAGAUGAUGCAGGUGCCGCAGCCAGAGGUCAGCUCUCCCUUGAAUGAGCAGCCAAGUAGAAACCUGUAAUGGCACACCGUCAUGGACAUUGUGAGACUGGUCAACAGUUACAUCUUAGACUUGCUCAACACAAAACACUUUGCAUUGACAGUAUUCAAGAACAGACCUGAUGUACAGGUACAUGAAGACUCAAUUUUCAGCUGUUCCAGCAAAUGGCUGGCUUGAUUUUUGGUUGCAAUUCUAGCAGGCUGAUGACUUUGUUUAAUAACUUAUUAGUCAUAUUUGGUAAGAUGUUGUACAUUAUUAAGAAGGUGUGUGCAAGUAACCAAAUGUAGUGUGCAAUGUUCACAAAUAAGAUCAUUACCCAUAGUUUAUUUCUUUGGAUGGUACAAUGCCCUCAUCAUAAGUGAACUAGAUGCUAGAUUGAGAUUCCUGGGUUUGUGCCUUGUUUUAAUUGUGUGGGUAAGAUAGCUUGACUCAAACAGUACUGUUAAUUGUGCUAAGGAGUAUAAAAUGGAUUAGCAAAGGUCAGCCAGGGGAAAUGCUGCAAGGUAACCUGAAAUAGGAUUCCAUCAGUGCUUAGCAAUGUUCUCUUAGUCACUUCAUGCUAUCUUACAGACAACUUGUAGGUUCUAGCUUCAAAAGCAGCCAAACCAUGAAUUAGAUGAUAUGAUGUGAUUUCUCAGUAUUUCAAUGACCAGGUUCAGUUGUCCACAUGUCUUAUGAAAACAAAUAAAAGUACUUUUUAAUUAAAAGGUUACCAAAUUUUGUCAAGAGUUUUGGGGGAAAGCUCCUGAAAACCUUGUUUAGAGAACAACCUAUUUAGAACCUACUGAGUGUAUGCACUUAAAAAUAAUUAUUAUAACAAAAGCUGUUUGAGUGUCAAUGAGUUUUCAAGAGAUUGUGCAGUGUACAUAGAAUACUAAGAUAAACUCAUGCAUAUAGUAAAUUAAAUGAAAACAGUGUCAACAGUGCAUGGGGCUAACAAAUGAAUAAAACUCUGACAUUUUUAUUUACAACAGUAGUACAGUGCUUGUCGCAGAUUUUGUUCCCUUUUUCACCUUUUUCUGUCAACAUAUUUUAUGCUGCCCACCACAAUGAAUGUCUGGAGCAAGCUAUUAGAUACAUGUAUACUGACACAUAUGGCUUAAGAUUUCGUUUUAUCUGACAACAGAGUCAGAAAAAAUCUGUGUAAAUAUUUACAUCAUACUUACAUUUAAGAGUUUCCAGUAGGGUAGAAUUCACAGACAGUAUUUAUUAUGAUCUCAAAAAGUGUUUGUAUUUAGAAAGGGACAUAUCCUUUGGAAGGAAUCGGAGUACACACUUUUUUUCAUGUUUUUUUGUAGGGUAGAGCUUAUUACAUCUGAUUCAUAGACAGUACCUAUAUCUUAAAAAGUGUUUGUACUCUAUUUAACGGAAAUGUACAUUCUUUGGAAGGAGUCAGACUACACAUUCAUUAAUUUUGUCAUAAAAUUAUAAUCACUUGCAAUAGGUUUAACUUGUACAAAAAUAUUGCUUUGUGUAUGCUACAUGUACUUAAUUUAUACAUGAACAUGUACAUUGUAGUCAAACCUUCAGUGAUGGAUACUUCCAUUGAUGGACACUUUAUGUGUGGACACUCAAUUCCCAAAAAUGGACUCUUCGUGGUGGUCUCUGCCACCAUUUAACCUCCCAUGAGUGGACAUGGUUUCAAUGGUAUCUCCUUACUGCAGGCUUGACUGCACUUGAGUUACUUGACUUGCAACUUCCUGAGUUGAAGUUGAAAAAGGUUGCUUUUUUACAAACUUGGUGUAGAGUUGCAGCACACUGCUUUUGCUGCUGUCACUGACUCUCAUAUUUUUUUAACUUAAGUUUAACUAAAAUAAAUACUAAAAGCAAGAAUGUAUAUGUAUUGAAAAUAGUAUAGAGAAUAAAACACUAGGCAGAGUUGAAUUGUGUUUUUGCAAUCCUGUAUGUCUAGUGACUACCUUGA